AUGGACUGCUCCAACGACUGGGACCUGCAGGCGCUCGUGCGGAGCUGCGGUGGCACGGCACCAGCAGCGUGCAGCAGCGGAGCCACGACGGCGCGGCGAGGGGACGACGCUCCUCCGAGGGAAGCUGCUGCUGCUGCUAGCGUCGGCGUCGGCGGCGGCGGCUGUGCGGUGGCAACGGCGCCAGCCCAGGAGUUCCUCGGGCAACCGGUGGCGCGGCGCGACCUCGACUACUUGGACCUCGUGGACCACGACCAGUUGCGCAUGCCCUUCUCCAUCACGCCGUCGUCUCGCGAGACGAUGCCGUCGUCUGGCCGGGCUGGGCAGCAGCUCCGCCACGACGUGCUCUUCUCUCUCCCGGCCAACGCCGCCGCCGUCACCACGUCCGGCCAGAUGCUCCAGCCCAGGAGGCAGCCCGGCCGCAAGCUGGGCGUUCCCAGUCCCAGGGCCAAGAGAAGCAAGAAGAGGCAGGUGAAGAAAGUGGUGUGCGAGGUGCCGGCGGCCGGCGGCGGCGUCUCCUCGGACCUCUGGGCAUGGCGCAAGUACGGCCAGAAGCCUAUCAAGGGCUCACCCUAUCCACGGGGAUACUACAAGUGCAGCAGCCUCAAGAGCUGCAUGGCCCGGAAGCUGGUGGAGCGCAGCCCGGCCAAGCCCGGCGUGCUCGUCGUCACCUACAUCGCCGACCACUGCCACGCGGUGCCCACCAUGAUCAACGCGCUGGCCGGCACCACGCGGGACAGGCCGGGGGCGGCGUCCCCCGACGACGGCAACCACCACCAGGACCAGGAGACGUCGGACGGGGCGGCGGCGUCCGCUGAUAACAAGGUCGACGACGACGGCGCCGACGCCGCGUCCACCAUGACAACCGUGGACGAGAACGACGCGUGGCUGGUGGAUCAUAUGGCGCUGGAGGACGGCGGCGGCGACUGCCCAUUCGAUGAUUUCUUGUGGCCGUUCGAUGACGACUUGGAUCGGUUUCUCGACGACGGCGGCGGCGUUCUUGGACGCCGGCUGUCGCUGUAUCUGGGGACAGGCCUGCCGGGAAACUGA